CUGUCUGUGAUUGACAGUACUGGUCGUGUUUUUCAUUCUACUGGGAACUCAUCGGAAUGGGAGCCGGACACGUCACUCUCAGGGGCUGUAUGUUCCUUAGCUCAUAGCAAACUGGGCAGUUGGGCUAUCACUUGUGAUGGCCUCAUUCUGGUGAAGCUGAGCAAUGUGAACAACUGGGUAACGAUAGCUGCACCUCCUGAUCUUCCGCCAGAGGUCACACCGUCGCAGGUAUUUUCCUCUCCAAAUGGUAUCUAUGUCUGGAUACUUGCAAACGGACGUGCAUGGGCACGUGUAAACAUUAAUGACAGGAGUCCAAGUGGAGUGAAAUGGACUGAGACCUACCACCCAUCAGAUCUGUGCAACUUGGCGGUUGGUGACAAUAAGGUAUGGGCUUUGGACGCUUCGGGACGUCUUCUGAGGCUACGAGGAUUGGCGGCCGGUAACCCUGCUGGAAAUUACUGGCGUCCUAUUACCGGCGCAAUGCUCAGAGCUAUUUCGAUAGAUGCUCAGAGUGAAUUAUGGGCAGUCGACAUGGACAAUCGUCUUGUACGACAUUUGAGUGAUGUGUUCGUUCCGAAUCAGUUUCACAGCUGUGAUAUUCGAGAUUCGUACGAGUUCGUCUAA